CUUACAUGUUUGUGCUCCGACUGCAAACAAGCGAACUCCACGUGCGAAACGGACGGCGCCUGCAUGGUCUCGGUCUUCAACCUGGACGGCGUCAAACACCACGUCCGGACCUGCAUUCCUGAGGCAAAACUCAUCCCUGCUGGGAAGCCCUUCUACUGCCUGAGCUCCGAAGAUCUGCGCAACACCCACUGCUGCUACUCUGAUUUUUGCAACAAAAUCGAUUUGAUGGUUCCCAGCGGACACCUGAAAGAUAACGAGCCGCCGUCGAGCUGGGGUCCCGUGGAGCUGGUGGCGGUGAUCGCCGGGCCCGUCUUCCUCGUGUUCGUUGUCAUGAUCAUCGUAGUCUUCGUUUUCCACCACCACCAGCGAGUCUAUCACAACCGGCAGCGGCUGGACAUGGAAGACCCCUCUUGCGAAAUGUGCCUUUCGAAGGAUAAGACCUUGCAAGAUCUCGUCUACGAUCUCUCCACCUCUGGCUCUGGCUCAGGUUUGCCGCUUUUUGUCCAACGGACCGUGGCUCGGACCAUCGUCCUUCAGGAGAUCAUCGGGAAAGGCCGCUUCGGCGAGGUGUGGCGCGGCAGGUGGCGCGGGGGCGACGUGGCCGUCAAAAUCUUCUCGUCGCGCGAGGAGCGUUCCUGGUUUCGGGAGGCAGAAAUCUAUCAAACCGUGAUGCUGCGGCACGAGAACAUCCUGGGGUUCAUCGCUGCGGAUAACAAAGAUAACGGCACGUGGACUCAGCUGUGGCUCGUCUCCGACUACCACGAGCACGGAUCUCUCUUCGACUACCUGAACCGGUACACAGUGACCAUCGAGGGCAUGAUCAAGCUCGCCCUGUCUGCCGCCAGCGGGCUCGCCCACCUGCACAUGGAGAUCGUGGGCACACAGGGAAAGCCUGGGAUUGCUCACAGAGACUUGAAAUCCAAGAACAUCUUGGUGAAGAAGAAUGGCACGUGCGCCAUCGCCGACCUCGGGCUGGCCGUCCGGCACGACUCGGUUACCGACACCAUCGAUAUCGCACCGAACCAAAGGGUUGGAACCAAACGAUACAUGGCCCCCGAAGUCUUGGAUGAAACCAUUAACAUGAAGCAUUUUGAUUCCUUUAAAUGUGCUGAUAUCUACGCCUUGGGCUUGGUCUACUGGGAGAUUGCUCGGAGGUGCAACGCGGGAGGUAUCCACGAGGAGUAUCAGCUUCCCUACUACGACCUCGUGCCCUCCGAUCCUUCCAUCGAGGAGAUGCGGAAGGUCGUCUGCGACCAGAAGUUGCGCCCUAACAUCCCGAACUGGUGGCAAAGCUACGAGGUAAGGUCUGGCUUUCGUUUUCUGAUGCGAGAGUGCUGGUACGCCAACGGAGCGGCUCGCCUCACCGCCCUCCGCAUUAAGAAAACCCUCUCGCAGCUCAGUGUCCAGGAAGAUGUGAAAAUCUAG